UGUCAUUACGGAAUAAAAAACCUUCUCACUCGUUCAAAACUCGUUUCACAUUUGAUAUUUUCUUGGAUAUACUUAAGAAAAUCAGAAAAAAUGCAGAUUUCGGUGAUUAUAUCUGUGCUUGCCAUUGCGACGAUGGCGUACGGUUUUAAUAUUGACAUAUGGGAAAAAAUCUGGGGCGACCUCGCGGCGUGCAACAAGUUGAUAUUUAAGGCGCCGGAUGACCACAAUGUACCUGGAAUCCUUUGCACGUUGAUUAGGGAUGGCGAGAUAUUGGACAAGAACGGCGAGUUCAAAAAUGAGAUAGCUAUGCAGAGACUUGAAGAUUUAAUCUCCAACCCAAACAAAUUAGAACAGGCGCGUCAGAUACAUAUCGAUUGCCAUAGAGAAGUGGUUAAAAGUGGUGCGACCGGAAUCUACCAGACAAAGCAAAUAAUCCUAUGCGAAAGACUAAUUUUGACACUGUUUGAUAAAAUAUAAAAGCUCUAACCAGAUACUUUUUUUAGUAAACGUUAACUGUACAAUUUUUCCGGAAUCAUCUCAAUAUGAGGUUUCCUUCUAUGUUAAUUUGUAUGUACGUGCUAACGAUUAAAUAAAGUGCAUUUGAAAACUAA